UCUCGACUUAUUGUCAAGAAUCUUCCUUAUAAUAUUACUCCUGAACGACUCAAGAAUCACUUUUCUAAAAAGGGUCAAGUCACCGAUGUUAAACUGGCCACUACAAAAGAUGGAGUUUUUCGCUGUUUUGGGUUUGUUGGAUUUAAAACUCAAGAACAAGCUGAAAGUGCUCUUGCGUAUUUCAACAAAUCAUAUAUUGACACAUCAAGGAUCGAAGUAGAAGUAGCCAAAGCAAUUGGAGAUGCUUCGCUAAGUCGAGGAUGGAGCAAACACACGCCAGGAACUUCGGCCAACACUCAGAUGAUUAACAGACAAAAAGAACGAGAAUUUCGACGAUUGGAAGCAUCUCCUCAAACCACUGCAAAUGAUUCCACCAUGGUGGAUCUUGACCCAGUAUCCAAACUCAAUUCUAAACAGAAAAAGUUUUUGGCAGAUUUACAAGAUGAUCCAGAAGAUCCCAAGCUGAAAGAAUUCUUGGAAGUCAUGCGACCUCGAGCUGCUGCUCAAACCCGAAUCUGGGGAAACGAUGAUGUAAUUGCUGCACAUCGAAACGAUCAUGAAUUUGUCAAGGCUUCAGUCACAGUUCCUGGUGAUGAGGACGAUGAAUUAUACGACGAGCUGCCUGUUAUAAAUCAUAAAGAUAUUGAUAUAGAAGAAAGUGCUACAGUGACAGAAGAUAAAGAGCAUGUCGAUGAAUCAAAUAUUAAAAGUACUGCGUUUGACUCGACCAUGUCUGAUAUGGAGUAUAUGCGAUCCAAGAUGAAAAAGCCAGAGGUGGAAAUGGUCAAGAUUCAUCCCAGCCGUCUUGCUGUUCUUGAAGGCACUGGUGCUGUUGAUGCAAAUGACAUUUAUAAUAUUCAUACUCCCACGGCACCCAGGUCAGAACCGAUACAGCAGGUUCAAGUAGUCGAGGCCGAGAGUGACGAGGAUGACAAUUCUGCUGAUCGCUCUCGUAUCAUCAACUCCAAACCAAUAGAAGACGAAUUACCACCAGCAGAGCUAAUUGCCGACACAGGAAGAAUUAUGGUACGCAAUCUUACCUAUCUGUGUUCUCCAGAAGACAUUGAGGAGCUUUUCAAACCAUUUGGUCCUAUUUCCGAAGUGCAUAUUCCCAUUGAUCGUGAAACCAAGAAAUCCAAGGGAUAUGCUUUUAUCAUGUAUCUUAUGCCAGAAAAUGCCGUCAAUGCUUACACAACACUGGACAAUACAAUUUUUCAAGGUCGUAUCAUGCAGAUUGUUCCAGCAAAGGAGCGACCCAAAGCAGCAGAUGAGACUUUGACAGGGCCGCAGACAUUUAAAAAAAAUCGUGAAACGCAGCGAAAAGGUGCAGCUUCGAAUGACUUUAACUGGAAUAGUUUGUUUAUGAAUGCGGACACGGUUGCAGAGUCCAUGGCCAAAAAGCUUAAUGUUCGUAAGAGCGAUAUUCUUGACAAGACUGUAGACAACAUGGCUGUGCGAUUGGCUCUUGCCGAAACAAAUAUUAUCAACGAAACCAAGGCGUAUAUUGAAAAGGAGGGUGUGUCGAUCGAUGCUUUGAAAUCGACACAAACCAGAAGCAACACAGUUAUUCUUGUCAAGAACAUUCCAUAUACCACUGAGGAGGAGGAUCUAAUUGAAACGUUUGGCAAGUUUGGUACUCUUGGUCGUAUUAUUCUACCACCCGCAAAAACCAUUGCGCUAGUUGAGUUUACGGAACGCAAUGAAGCCAAAGCAGCAUUUCGAAAGCUGGCAUACUCCAAAUUUAAAAAUAUUCCACUUUACUUGCAGUGGGCAUCGCAAGGUAUUUUCACUCAAGAAUUUGAUGCAGAAAAGGAAGCAGCACGUCGUGAAGCUCGUAGUGCAGCCAAGGAGAUAUCUACAGGGUACCAGUUUAACGCUGCUGGAUUUGAUUCGGCUACUCAAAAUCCAAAUGUGUCUAGUAAAGUGGAGCAUCGACUUGAAGAUCUUGAGGAUGACAGCUCAGCCCCACCAGUUGCAUCCAUCUAUAUCAAGAAUCUCAACUUUCAAACCACAGAAGAGGGGCUGCGUCAAGCAUUUGGCGGUUUAUCUGGAUUGCGAUCAGUAAACAUCAAAAUGAAGGAUGAUCCCAAAACAGGCGGAAAACAGUCACUUGGGUUUGGGUUCCUUGGGUUUGCUUCUACUGAAGAUGCCACCAAGUGUCUUAAGGCCAUGCAAAACUUUAAAUUGGACAAUCAUGUUUUGCAACUAAAGUAUUCCAAGCCAGUUGCACCGCAAAAACGAACUUUGGAAAUGGACGAUGAGGAUGACACUAUCAAAGGCACAAAACUUGUUGUACGCAAUGUGCCUUUUGAAGCAUCAAAGAAAGACAUCAAGGAAUUGUUUAGCUCGUUUGCGCAAGUCAAAUCUGUACGUAUUCCAACCAAAUAUGACGGCCAGCAUCGUGGAUUUGCGUUUGUUGAUUUUCUUACAAAACAAGAAGCAAAGACUGCAUAUGAUACACUCGGAGCCACACAUUUGUAUGGUCGCCAUUUAGUGCUAGAAUGGGCCCAAGAUGAUGAAUCUGUCGAGGCAGUAAGAUCCAAAACCAUUAGAAAUUUUGUCAAGACAAGUACUAAGAAGCAAAGAGUUGAGAUGGACGAUGAAGAUGAUAUGAGUCAAUAA